AUGGAUGAGAUGAUCGUGAAAGACCUCAAUCGGACGGGGGGUGCUCCAAUGCUCUGCGAUGAGCUUCCCUCGAGCUCGGGGGACAGUCUUGAAUUUUCGUCCAUGGACCCGCAAACAUAUCAAGAGGCGCAGGCGGGGACCCAGCAGCCCUCCAACGGCCAAGCAAUGCCGCACCUGCCGUCUGCUUCCUAUCCUGACAGCCUCGCGGCUCACCGCUGGAUCGCCAUCAAGCAGGAGGAGCUCGGCUUCAUGCCUCUCGACAGCUCCUCCAAUGCGUACGCCGCCUCUGCUACCCCAGCGACCAAGCACGAGAGCAUGGUGCAUGAGCAGAUGCAGGGCGCCGACGACUCCUCGCCCGUGGCUGGGGAGGACAUGGAGACAGAGGGAUGCAGCGACGACGGCAGCAGUCAGGAGCAGCGAUCCGGAGACAGAUCGGGGCAGGACGGGUCGAGCAGCGCAGGUGAGUCGAGCAGCCAGGGUGAGUCGAGCAGCCAGGACGGCUCGAGCAGUCAAGCCCAGGACCUGGAUCCGUCCUCGGACGAGUACAGCACGAGCUGCAAUCCAGCAGGAGCGUCAUCAUCGGACGGCUCGCAGAAGCCCUCUCACCGCAAGCCCGGCCAUGCAGGGGCGAAGGGCUCGACAGGGUCUUCGUCGUCAGGGAGCCCGGACUGGAUCCAGCAGAUGAGCCCGAGCGCCAUCUCGGACUACAUGAGGAACGGGCUGUCGAGCUCAGACGAGGACUCGCAGAUGGCGCUAGACAGCAACAAGAAAUGA